GGAAGGUGCCGGCUUCUGGGGAAGGCGAAGUUCAUUCCCGGUGCCCGCCCCCCUUGGCCGGGUCCCUCCGGAGGAGGAAACGGGAAAAGUGGAGGUCCCGGGCCGAUCCGCAGGGAAGCGUCGCCUCUGCCCCGCCGUCCCCGCACCAUGGACACGGUACCGGCCACCGUGCCGUCUGUCACUGCCUCUGCGGGGGAUCCGGAGCUUCUGGGCCCCCUGUCGGUGCUCUACGCCGCCCUCAUAGCCAAGCUCCUGGAGCUAGUUGCCACUUUGCCUGAUGAUGUUCAGCCUGGUCCUGAUUUCUAUGGACUACCAUGGAAGCCUGUGGUUCUCACUGCCCUCCUGGGAAUAGUUUCAUUUGCCAUUUUCUUCUGGAGAACUGUUCUUGUCGUAAAGAAUAGAGUAUAUCAAGUCACCGAAGAACAAAUUUCUGAAAAGUUGAAGACUAUCAUGAAAGAAAAUGCAGAACUGUUACAAAAAUUGUCAAAUUAUGAACAGAAGAUCAAAGAAUCAAAGAAGCAUGUUCAAGAAACUAAGAAACAAAAUAUGAUUCUUUCUGAUGAAGCAAUUAAAUAUAAGGAUAAAAUCAAGACACUUGAACAAACCAAUGAAAUUCUGGAUGACAGAGCCAAAAAUCUCCGUGUUAUGUUAGAAACAGAGAGAGAACAGAAUAUCAAGAAUCAAGACUUGAUACUGGAAAAAAAGAAAUCUAUCGAGAAGUUAAAAGAUGUUAUUUCAGUGAGUGCCUCAGAAUUUUCAGAGGUUCAAAUUGCCCUCAGUGAAGCUAAGCUCAGUGAAGAGAAAGUAAAGUCUGAAUGCCAUCGGGUUCAAGAAGAAAAUGCUAGACUAAAGAAGAAGAAACAGCAGUUGCAGCAAGAAAUUGAAGACUGGAGCAAAUCACAUGCUGAGCUCAGUGAGCAAAUCAAAUCAUUUGAGAAGUCCCAGAAAGAUUUAGAAGUAGCUCUUACUCAUAAAGAUGAUAAUAUUAAUGCUUUGACUAAUUGUAUUACACAAUUGAAUCGGUUAGAGUGUGAAUUUGAAUCGGAGGAUCAAAAUAAAGGAGGAAAUGAGUCAGAUGAAUUGGCUAAUGGAGAGGUGGGAGGUGGCCGGAGUGAGAAGAUAAAAAAUCAAAUUAAGCAGAUGAUGGAUGUUUCUCGGACACAAACUGCAAUAUCAGUAGCUGAAGAGGAUCUAAAACUUUUACAACUUAAACUAAGAGCCUCGAUGUCCACUAUAUAUACCCUGGAAGAACAAAUAAAGAAAUUGGAAGAUGAUCGCAGUACACUGCAGUUCACUAAAGUUGGACUGGAAGAUGAGUGCAAAACUCUGAGACAGAAAGUUGAGAUUCUUAAUGAACUUUACCAGCAGAAGGAAAUGGCUCUGCAAAAGAAACUGAGUCAAGAAGAGUAUGAGCGGCAGGAAAGAGAGCAGCGGUUGUCAGCUGCAGAUGAGAAGGUGGUUUUGGCUGCAGAGGAAGUCAAAACUUACAAGCGGAGAAUUGAAGAAAUGGAGGAAGAAUUACAAAAAACUGAGCGCUCGUUUAAGAACCAGAUUGCUACUCAUGAAAAAAAAGCUCAUGAUAACUGGCUCAAAGCCCGUGCUGCAGAAAGGGCUAUGGCUGAAGAGAAAAGGGAAGCUGCUAACCUGCGACACAAAUUAUUGGAAAUGUCUCAAAAGAUGGCAAUGCGACAAGAUGAACCUGUGAUUGUAAAACCAAUGCCAGGAAGACCAAAUACACAGAACCCUCCACGAAGAGGUCCACUGAGCCAGAAUGGUUCUUUUGGCCCAUCGCCUGUGAGUGGGGGAGAGUGUUCCCCUCCCCUCACUGCAGAGCCACCAGGGAGACCGCUCUCUGCCACUCUCAGUCGAAGAGAUGUGCCUAGAAGUGAAUUUGGAACAGUGGAUGGGCCUUUACCUCGUCCUCGAUGGUCAUCUGAGGCAUCUGGGAAACCCUCAGCCUCUGACCCAGGAUCUGGUCCUGCUCCCAUUAUGAACAGCAGCUCCAGAAGCUCCUCUCCGGCCAAGACGAUAGAUGAAGGCAAGGUUAAUAUGGCUACAAAAGGGCCCCCUCCUUUCCCGGGGGUUCCUCUGAUGAGUUCUCCCAUAGGAGGUCCUCUACCACCACCCAUUCGAUAUGGACCACCUCCUCAGCUCUGUGGGCCUUUUGGGCCUCGGCCACUCCCUCCACCGUUUGUUCCUGGUAUCCGUCCACCACUAGGCUUAAGAGAAUAUGCACCGGCCGGCGUCACACCUGGGACACGGGACCUGCCUCGUGACCCUCGGGAAUUUUUACCAGGACAUGCACCAUUUAGACCAUUAGGCUCACUUGGUCCAAGGGAGUACUUUAUCCCUAGUGCCCGAUUACCACCCCCAACCUAUGGUCCCCAGGAUUACCCACCACCACCUACUGCAAGAGACUCACUGCCUUCGGGUUCCGGAGAUGAGACACCAUCUGCCUCUCAGGGCAGUAGCCAGGACUGCUCUCAGGCUUUAAAACAGAGCCCGUAACUAUGACCUCUGACACUUCAAUCAGAGAGAGAGUGGACUGUAUACUAUUCACUAUGAUAAAGGAUUUCAUUGGCUUUAAAAUCAAAGUUUAUUUUAAAAGGUUUUUAAAACUAAGCUGCCUUGGCAGUGUGCAUUUUUGAGCCAAACAAAAAAUAUUUUCCUCUCUAAAGAAAAUCACCUCUUAUGCUAGAGUGUCUUUCCAACUUUGAAAUGUGCAAUAAAGAAUACCUGUGUUUAGUUAAUGUAGCAUAUGUAAUUGCUAAAUGAUUUACAAUGUCAAAAAUAUGAACAUUUCCUGUGGAAAUGCUUUAAGAACAUGUGUUUCCAUUAUCCUAUUUUUAGUGUGUACCAGUUGAAUACAGAGCAAUGGUGUUUACAGCUUGAUCUUAUUUUUCCUCCAAUAUCUGGUCGCAGACUGUUACGCUGAAAAUGUUUACUGAAAGAUCAUAAACUUUAUCCUCCUUGUUGCUGAAGUUCUUUGUAGUAAUAGUUCAUAAAAUUUUGUUUAUUAAUAUUU